UAAAUAAUUUGUAAAGACAGAACACAGAAUCAAAUACUGUUGAAUCAGUAAAAAGCAGAAAAACGGAUAGAGAAAGCAGAGCCCGCUUUCUGCUCUGUACAUAGAGAUUUUCACAAUAUACAUUCCAAUCUGUACUCUAAAAAUAGCAUUCUCAAAGAACCAACCGAUUAACCGUAAUAACGAUCGUGCUCGGAAAUCACACCCGUGAGCACGCGCCAAUUCUGGAGAAGUAGAUUGAUCUGAUCCGUUUAGUGAGGACAUGAGCUCCGACACGUCCACUGGCGGCGGUUCUUCCAGCGGUUCUUCAUCGGCGGCGGGCAGGGACAAGAAGAGGGGGAAGGCUAAAGUGAGUCGCACUUCAAUGAUACUAUGGCAUUCGCACCAAAACGAUGCCGUCGCUGUCCGGAAGCUUCUGGAGGAAGAUCCGUCGCUUGUGAAGGCCAGAGACUACGAUAAUCGCACUCCACUUCAUGUGGCUUCCCUCCAUGGUUGGAUUGACGUUGCUAAGUGCUUGAUUGAAUUUGGCGCCGACGUUAACGCUCAGGAUCGUUGGAGAAACACUCCUCUAGCUGAUGCAGAAGGGGCUAAAAAGUAUAGCAUGAUGGAGCUUUUUAAAUCUUAUGGAGGCUUGUCUUAUGGCCAAAGUGGCAGCCACACUGAACAGAAGCCCGUUGCACCCCCAUUGCCUAACAAGUGUGAUUGGGAAGUCGACCCUACUGAGCUGGACUUCUCGCAUUCAGUUCGUAUUGGGAAGGGAUCUUUUGGUGAGAUUUUAAAAGCCCAUUGGCGUGGGACGCCAGUUGCUGUUAAACGCAUUCUUCCAUCUCUUUCAGAUGAUAAAUUGGUGAUGUAAGAUUUACUCGCCAUUCUUUUGCUCCUAUUAUUUUUCUCCUAACGAGUUUGUGACUGAUAUCUGGAGACGUAAGACUCAAAUACCAUCUGAUUGCAUGUGAUUGAAGAAUCUGUUAAAACUAAAGCCUUGUUUUUACAUGUCAUCUUUCAAGUUUGGCUCGGGGCAAUAGGGAACCAAUUCAAAGAUGACAUUAGGUUCUUG